AUGCCAGUCGAUGUUCCACGUUCGGUGGUGGUAAAGCUAAUGUUCUUUACCGUAAUCAUGGUUGCAUUUCCUUUGCUGACUUUUUUCACAGUACAACAGUAUACGGAUAAUACACUAGUUAGUGGUGGGUUAGCAGCUGCUAUGGCCAAUGCAGUACUUAUAGGAUACGUAGUAAUGGCGUUUAUGGAGGAUACUGGUAGUAGUACUGAUAUUCAAAGGGAGAAGGAGAGGAAGGAAAAAUAG